ACCUCAGCAGAACAAACAAACAUUCACACAGCCAUCAUGUCGGCAGUCGAGGUCGCAGACAGCGGAAAGACCGCAGUAGGGAUGCGGAAGAAUGGCAAGAAUUGGCACACCCCAAAGAAACCCUUCCGGCCCACCGCUGGCUUGAAAUCAUAUGAGAAACGACUCGAAGAGCGCAACAACCUCGCAGCGAUGAAAGAGCGCGAAAAAGAAAUGAAAGAAGAAAAGGAAGCUGAGCGACAGAGACAUAUCCAAGCAAUCAAAGAUCGAAGAGCCGCCAAGGAAGAAAAAGAGCGAUACGAGAAGAUGGCCGAGAAAAUGCACAGAAAACGAGUCGAGAGGAAGAAGCGGAGGGAGAAGAGGAAUAAAUUAUUGAAUUCGUGAUUGUCGAUGUUACGCUGUUGGACUUGGUUAUACAAAAGUACAGGAGUUUGGAGUUUGUUUUACUUCCACAUAGGACAUUGAUUCCCUGGUAUAUUAUCGAGUCAUUGCAUUUAUGGUGGUGUUGUGUUGAAGGCUCUUCCUCUCAAAAUUAGGAACGCAAAAAUACAUGAUUAUUACUC